AUGGAACGCAAAACAGAGCACGACGAAGAGGCUGGACCGUCACGGGAAUCGAAGCCGACGACGCAGCGUAUUCCCGAAAGUAAGAACGAGACCGGCGACGUUGUGGAUGCCGUAUUGGCCGUUGCAGCGAGAGUGGAGAUGAUCGAGAAAGGAGAAUCGGCACAGCAGACGCACACCACUAAGCAGACACGUGGUGCGCAGCAAUUGAAGCUAAACGGUGAGAAAAGAAGUAAAACGAAAUCGAGCAAGGAGAAAAGCAUCAAUGUGCUUAUAGCCAAAUACGACGCAGAGAUGCGAGAGAAAGAUAACGAGAUUGAGAAUUUGCGUUUGAAGGAUUCCAAAUUGAAACGCAAUCAGCGUCGUCCCGCUGAUAACCCUUGCGUGACAAGUCGUAGUGCAACAAAGGAGAUAGAUGAGGAUGAGCGCAGCACGGCGAGUGAGGAUUUAUCUAUCGGUGAUCGUGAGCUCGUUGAAAGUGAUGUGGAAACGGAGGUUGAAGAAAAACCCCUUACGCGUCGUCAAGAGUCGGCACGUAAACGUUUAUCGAUGCCAUUACCCCCGUUUAGUGGUGCCCCCGAGGAUUGGCCGGCGUUUAUCAGCUGUUUCGAGGACACGACAAAAGCAUGUGGUUUUUCUAACCUCGAAAACUUACAACGAUUGAGACAAAGCCUAAGUGGAGAUGCAUUGGAAGCGGUAAAUGGAACGUUGAUGCUUGCGGAUGCUGUUCCGGACAUGAUAAAGGAGCUGCGUAAUUUAUUUGGGAAACCUCGUCGUAUCCUGAAGGCGCUGUUACGCAAGGUUCGAGCUGUACCUGCUCCGGAUGCUGAUCGACUGGAGACGUUUAUAACGUUCGGACUCGCAGUGAAACAAUUGGUCGGACACAUCGUGGGUGCGAAGCUGACGGAGCAUUUAAGCAAUCCUUUGCUCGUCGAAGAGCUGGAGGAGAAGCUCCCUCCAGGUUACCAGUUGGAUUGGGUAAGAUAUAAACGACAUAGGCGUGGAAAAUCUCUACAAGUGUUUUCAAGCUACCUGACUGCCCUUACGGAGGAUAUCACGGAAGUGAAGGAUUUCGGAAGCUACAAGACCAACAGAGGAAAUUUCCGUUCCGGGACCCGUGCAAACCUAAAUCAUCAUGCAAUCGAAAACAGGGACGAUAAAAAGUGCUACGUUUGCAACAGCAUUUCGCACAAG